GGAGAGUGAUGCAGUGUCUCUUGUGUUGUGUUGGAACGUACGUCAGGAUGGUUCGUCGGGCGCCGCUAGAGGGCCUCCUGCUGGUGUACGGGUGUGUCGCCCUCGUCAGCGCUGCCGUCAGGCCUCGGCGACAAGCAGGAGAGGCAGGUCUGGACUACCCGACCUACUCGGAGGUGCCCUUCGGCCUCUCCUUCACCUGCGAGGACAAACUGCCGGGUUACUACGCCGACCCUGAAGCCCAGUGCCAGGUGUGGCACUGGUGUGUUUCUCAGACAACCAAGUAUUCGUUCCUCUGUCCAAACCGAACGCUCUUCAACCAGCUGUACAGGGUGUGUGACUGGUGGUUCAACGUGGAUUGCGCUGACUCUCCUGCAUCUUACAACAUCAACGAGGAUCUCUACAAGGUGCCUGAGACGUCUCUGGGUAGAGAACUCCUGCGGGAAGAGGAAGGCGGAGAUCAGACCGUGGAGGAAACGCAGCUGAUGGAGGACGAGGUGGUGACAGGAGACCAGCAGCCGCAGCAAUCACAGGUACAAGAGGAGGAGCUGCGGCAACAGGAACAGCUUGUGGAGCAGCAACAGGAACCACAGUUACUCCAACAGGAACCGCAAUUACAGCAGCAGGAGCAGGAACAGCCACAGCAGGAGGAAAUGCAACAGCAGGAGGAAAUACAACAGCAGGAGGAACAACAACCAGAGGAACCCAGUGAAGUCUAGCUAAGGGUAUAAAAGUUGUAGGACGUAAAAUUCGUCAUCUAAUUUUGGCGUUCAUCUUGUAUAAUAGCGACUGGAGGUAUAUAGGUCCAAAAAGUUAUCGUGGGACUUAAUCGUUUAUAUAUUAAAUGCUGUGCUUUAUCCUACUAUUUCAGUGUUCCAAUCCCAUUUAGGGCGCCUCUCAUGACUCAAAAUUUAUCCAGCCUUCAGGUCAAUGUGUCAGGGCUUUUUCAUGAUGUUCCAAGGGGAACAUCACACGUGGCAGCGGCGGGAUCAGUUCUGAGCCACGAGAGGCACAGUAGAUGAAGAUUGUACCCUGACACCGAGAUAUAAAGCGCAGGUCCCAAGAUAAUUUGUGGGAGCCUUUAGCCCCCUGCUUGCUACACUUUGCAUUAGACAGUCCAGCCCCCUGUACAGUAAAGGAAGUGUCCAUUGCUUUCUUGUCUUGCCUGCUGAACUGGUAAUAUGCUCUUGUAUCUCUCUGGCAUCUCAUGACCUUGUGGUGCCUCCACUCAUUUGCCAUGUUGUGAUAAGCUGGAAGGCAAGACUAAGGCAAACAUUUCUUUUCUAAAUGGAGGACAGGAAUUAGGUGGUAGUGGGGGAUAUGAGGGUCACAUUGGGUGGUGUUGGGUAGACUGUGACCACUGGGUUAGGGAAGACUACUAAUACCGCUAUGCUGUUUGGAUGGAAAUGAUCUAGUAGAGUACAAAGGUGUGAAAUUGACAUGUAAUCAUCAUUGUUGCCUGUAAACCUGUUUGCUGUUAGUCUGAAUGAGAGAGCAGGAGGUGAGCACUCCACACAGAUUUUGUAUGGAUAAACAUGACUAGACACUACUCUUCAGUUGGAUUCUUUUCUGUAUGCUCCAAAAUUCUGAAAUGUGUGAUAUUGCACUCACAAAUGUUAUGGUGACUUGUGUCAGUUAUUUUUUAACAGGUUGUAGAGGAAGUUGACAGACUUUACACUUUUCAAGAUGAUUUAGUGAUUCUAGUAAUGGUUCAAGGAGGAUUAUGUACAGUCAGAAAAGCAGCCAAUAGAACUUCACUAAUCAAUUCUGUGGCCUUUGAAAAAUAGUGGCAAUGAAAGCCCAAAGCAUUUACAGAUACAAGUCAUAGGCAUUUUUUUCUUUAUAUACAGUAUACUCCACAGGAUGCUGAAACAUAUUGGUGCUUGUAUCUUUUUAUUAAGGAACUAUCAACAUUAUCUUUGUAUCCACAUGAAGAAUCUCCCCAAUAGAAAAAAAAAAGUCAAGCCAAGGAGUGAGCAGUGUAGUCCACUCAACACAGUAUGUACAAUAAUCUGAGUAAAAAAACAAACAAAGCACCAAUGAGAUGAGAACUUUUUAUAUAAUCAAGGAACAAAAUGUGCUGAGCAAAAAACAUGACCAAAUCUUCAUUCCCUGUUUCACUCAAUUUCCUUGGCAACUCCUCCAGUGAUGCAACACAGCCCUGGGCACAGCUCUUGUAGGAACACGGCAGUAAACAAGGGGCUUACACACUACAACACCUCUUAUGGCUUCUCUGCAUUGUGAGCAGCUCAUUUACCUGACAUGUAAGAAUAUUCUGUCAUGGAAGUCAUCUUGUAGGUAAAUACGUACACAACAUCUAUGAAGGAGGCAUGACACACUAAUGACAAAGAUUAUACUUCAUAUCUUCAGACCCUGAUAUGAUACAGCAACAUGAUGGUCUGUGAUUUUACAGAACUAGUUCUUUGGAGAAAAACACUACUUCUAUGGAUGAAGUAUGACAAACUGUUGGAUAAGCACAUACCUCUUACAGAGCUUUCAGAUUUCAUCAUGAAUGAAAAAAAUAUUACUGGAUCUUAUGACACGGUGAACCUUCUGUGAUCAACAGUAUUAUCUGGUAAUCAUCUUCCUUCACUAACAAGCACUGAUGAGUAUACACCACUUAAAUGUUUUCUGACCUUGACUUAGGUGGAUAUAUAUUACAGGAUACUCUAACAUAAUAUAAUAAACCUCCUAUAAUCUAC